CCGCGCCGCGCGCGCGAUACAUAUAUAAAUAUAAUAUUAAGUAUGUAUAUAAAGGUGCACGAGCGAGCGAGCAGAGUUUUCAUUCGACUGCGGACCAUCAUCGAGCACGAGAGCACCGAGAGCAGCAGCAGCAGCGGCAGUGGAAGCGGUAGCAGCAUAUAUUUCGUUAUACAGAGACAUCGUCAUGCGAAUGUCCAAUCUAUCAUUGACACUGGCUUACGGCUUCGGCCUGCUGAUCGCCGUCUCGUACUUCGUGAGCGAUGCUAGUCCCGUACCCCUGGAAUUGGUGCACCAUCAUCAGGCCGCCGCUGGUAAGGACGACCUCACGACCAUCAUCAUCCUCGGCGCAACGGGUGACUUGGCCAAGCGUUCGCUCUACCCGUCGCUCUGGAACCUGUUCAAGAAGAACCGGCUGCCAAUCAACACGCGCAUCAUCGGCUACGCUCGAAGCCGCAGUAGCGUCGACGAGAUACGCCGCAACGUCGAGGCCUUCGUCAAGAUCACCCCCGAGGAGGCCGAGCUCUACGACGAGUUCUGGUCCAAGCAGACCUACGUGAGCUCCGCCAACAACGACGAGCUCGGCUACCGGGGCAUCGACGCGGCCUGCGACAAGUUCGAGACCGAGCGCCAUUAUCGCAGGGCCGAUCGCGUCUUCUACAUGUCGCUGCCGCCCAAGUUCUUCGCCAACGCGGCGACCAACAUCAAGCGUUACGCCAUGCCCAAGAGACCCGGCCAGGUGAGAAUAGCCGUGGAGAAGCCGUUCGGCAGCGACUCCGAGACUUCGGCGGCCCUCGCCCAGCAUCUCGACUCGCUCUUCAAGCCCGAGCAGAUCUUCAUCAUGGAUCACUUCCUGGGCUACGACAUGGUGCAGAAUCUCGUCACUCUGCGCUUCGAGAAUCACCUGUUCGAUCCCGUCUGGAAUCGCGACAACAUCGAGGCGGUCUCGGUCCUGUUCGAGGAGGCGUUCGGCAUCGAGGGCCGCGGCGCCUUCUUCGACGCCAACGGCAUCAUUCGCGACGUCGUGCAGAACCAUCUGUUGCAGCUGGUGGCUCUCCUCGCCAUGGAGAGACCCGUGAACGGCAACAUAAGAGAGGCCAAGGUCGAGCUGCUGAAGGCGAUGCGACCCGUGGAGGCCAACGACACCGUGCUGGGACAGUAUCUGGGCGAUCCCGAGGCCGAGGACCCGAAGAAGCGAGUGGGCUACAGGGAGGACCCGACCGUCAAGAACAAGGAAUCCACGACGCCGACUUUCGCCUCGACCGUGCUCAAGAUCGACAACGACAGGUGGGCCGGAGUGCCGUUCAUCGUGCGCGCCGGCAAAGCUCUGGGGCGCACCCAGACGACCCUGAAGAUACAGUUCAAGGACGAGGAUCCGGCCAAGAGGGACGAGCUCGAGAUCAAGCUCAAGGGCGAGACCAUAUCCAUGAAUCUGAACUCGAAGAUUCCUGGCAUCCUCAACGAGUCCGAGAAGGUCAAGCUGAACUUUGUCUAUGCCGAUAAUUACAAGAACGUGACUAUACCCCGUGCCUACGAGCGACUGUUUUACGAAAUCAUCAACGACGAGCAGCAGAACUUUGUCAAGGAGCAGGAGCUGGUCGAGGCCUGGCGCAUAUUCACGCCUGUGUUGCGCGACAUCGACAACGGCAACAACGAGCUCUACUUCUACAAAUGGGGUACACCCGGUCCCGUUCAAGCCGACGAAUUGGAAAAACACUAUGGUUACUACACCAAACACGAUCGCAAUUGAGACGCUAAUCAUUUAUAAUGCUGUAUAAAGCCGAUUUCAUGUCAUUUUCGUACGUGCUCAUCGCAUAAAUCGUAUUAUUUUUUAAGCAUUUAUUUUAUUUUUUAAGAUCAUACAAUUUAUACAGAGAGAUGUAUAACGAUAUAAAUAAACAAAAUUGAAAAAUUA